AUGGCUGCCCUCAGUAGCUGCAAGAGGAUUACCACAUUGAAUAACUUUAAUAAGUUGCUUUUAAUACGUAACUCGGUUAAUUACCCUGACAGAUUAAACAAAAGAAGAUGCUACUCUCAGCUGAUUCGAGGGAAGACAGUGAAAAUCGGUUGUGCGUGUGGUUUCUGGGGAGAUACAGCAGUCGCCGCUCCUCAACUAAUCUAUGGUUCUAAUGUAGAUUAUAUAAUGUUUGAUUAUUUAUCAGAAAUUACCAUGUCACUUCUAACUGCAGCUAAACAUAAAAACCCUGCAUUGGGCUAUGCUCCUGAUUUUGUACAGAUUUGUAUGGCACCAUUUAUAAAAGAUAUUAAAAAGAAAGGUAUUAAGAUUAUCAGUAAUGCAGGAGGUGUUAAUCCUAUGGGCUGUGGUCAAGCUCUACAAGAUGUCUGUGACAGAUCUGGUGUAGAUUUAAAUAUUGCUGUUAUACAGGGAGAUGAUCUCAUGCCAAAGUUGGGUGAGUUAGAAAAAUUAGGAAUAACAGAUAUGCACACAGGGAAGCAAUUGCCUUCUAGUAUACAUAGUAUGAAUGCAUAUUUUGGUGCUGGUCCAAUAGCUCGUGCCUUAGAUUUAGGAGCUGAUGUUGUUAUAACAGGAAGAUGUGCUGAUAGUGCCUUAGCAUUAGCUCCCCUUAUUCAUAAUUUUCAAUGGACUAUGGAUCAGUUUGAUUUAUUAGCAGCAGGCAGUUUGGCUGGUCAUUUAAUAGAAUGUGGUCCACAAGUAACUGGAGGAAUAUUUACAGAUUGGCAUAAAGUUACACAUUGGGAUAAUAUUGGAUUUCCCAUAGCAGAAGUAGGAAGUGACGGCCAUUGUAUUAUAACUAAACCUCAUGGAACAGGUGGUUUGGUCUCCCUAGCAACCGUAGCUGAACAGUUAUUAUAUGAAGUUGGUGAUCCUAGUCAUUAUUUCUUACCAGAUGUAGUCUGCGAUUUCACAGACGUCAGAUUAGAACAAGUAGCAGAAGACAGAGUUAUUGUUCUUGGGGCGCGAGGGAAGCCACCUUCUGGGGAGCUAAAGGUUAGUGCAACAUAUGCUGAUGGUUUUAGAUCAACAGCUGUGGUCUGUGUUGGUGGACCUCAUUCCAAAUUAAAAGUAGAAAAAACUGCUCAUGCUAUUAUUAAAAGAUGCCAAAGAAUAUUCCAACAGUUGAGUUUACCUGAUUUUAAAGAUAUCAAUAUAGAGAUAUUAGGUACAGAACAUAUGUAUGGUCCUAACUCAUUAGUUCCUAAGGGAACAAGAGAAGCAGUAUUAUGGUUGGCUGUACAACAUGAUGAAAAGAAAGCUUUGGAAUUCUUUUCCAGAGAAGUGGCUCCUGCUGGUACUGGAAUGGCACCUGGUUUAUGCAAUAUUGUUGGUGGUCGACCGAAAAUAUCAGCUAUUCUCAAGUUAUUUUCAUUUUUGUACCCAAGAGAUAGUUUUAAAACAACAAUCCAUAUGAAUGGAGAGUUGAAAGAAGAGUAUAAAUGUCCAUCAAUACCUACUGUAGAGUAUACACAAGAAUCUUAUAAAGGGAGAGAAUAUGAAGAAGAUACAAACCAGACAACAUUAACAACCGGUGAUAAAACCUAUAAACUUGUAGAUCUGGCCUAUACCAGAAGUGGAGAUAAGGGCAAUGAUGCCAAUAUUGCUGUAAUUGCCAGAGAUCCAGCAUUCCUUCCAUAUAUCACAGAAACAUUAACGUCACAAGCUGUUCGAGAUUAUUUUAAACAUGUCUUCCCUUCAGUAGGUUUAACUCAAUCACAAGUUAAGAGGUAUUCAGUACCAGGUAUAUCUGGUUAUAAUUAUGUAUUACAUAAAUCAUUAGGAGGUGGUGGUAUAGCUUCAUUACGCAGUGAUGCUCAGGGAAAAGCUUAUGGUCAGAUGUUAUUAGAUUUUGAAAUACACAAUAUGCCUGUUUUAGACAGUAUUAAAUCACAACAUUGA